CAGAGGCACUCUUGGGCUGCUGCUGCUCGCUAGUUAUCGCCGCUGGUCCUUGCAUUUGUCCCCAUCCGCAAUCCAACAGUCUGCUCAGACUGAUUGACAGACUGACCUGACGGACUGACGAUCAACUGCCACUCGCAACGCCCACUCUCUUCUUGUUCUUCCACAUCCUUUUCUUUUGUACCUCGCACAGAUCUCUUGAACAACUCUGUGUUUCAUCCCAUUGAAGAUUCUCGUUCGAUCACCUGUUGGCUUGCCAAACACUGUCUACCCCCUCUCCAGCCAUUAGCGGCCUGCCGAUAAUGAGAGCAUCACCCAUCCGCGUCCGCACCCCUCCCCGACACUAACUCGGGGCCUUCGCACCCACGACUUGAGAGGCAUAUCCUCCUUCCCUUGGGGAUCCAGAGCCUGCAAGACCAAUUGACGUACUAUCUCGCCCAGUGUGUUGGAUUCGCCCAUAAGUGCAGUCGGCCUCGAAACCACACACUUCCCCCCUCAAGACAACCAGUCUGCCUCAGGCAGGUCUCUGGGGGGAGAUCUUGGUUCUCUGGGAACAUACAAGAGUUCAGAUGGCAGUCACAAAUCUUAGCCAAAGGGCUGGUGUUUGAGUAGAGGUGUUGACGGCUGAAGUUUGAGACUGUCUUCUGCACAGUCUCUUCAUGUUCAGCGCCCUCUUGACGGGACAAAGGUUUUCACAGUUGAUCUUGGAGCAAUGCCAGACAACAUCGGCAUAAAAUGGGCUCCUGAUCUGCAGCGAGCCUCUCACACUGCAAACACUGUUGGACACAUCAGUGACAUUGAAGGGGGUCGUGGGACCGGCGUCAACGACGACGUCCUGUCGGAAGACCUAUCCCAGAGUCUCGGUACAGAGUCCGAUACUCAACGAAAUACUCCUACCGCUCUUUCUGCUCAGCACCCGACUGAACCAGUGGAUGAGGAUGCGUUCCAUGAGUUAACUUGGAGCUCAAAGUAUGGGAUCGCUGCAUCGCCUGGGUUUGCCCCGCUCAAGUCCCAGCAAUCCCUCCCGUCGUCGACCCAAAAUUCUUCAAACUCAUUGAAGGCUCUUGGUGAGCGCGACGUGGAUCGCUCGCCUGGUUCAGCAGCUUCACUAAUCAACCGCGCCCUUUCGACUAAAUCCUCCCACGGCCAAAUUCGUGGCCGUCGUCCAUCACACUCUAAAUCCUUCUCGACUUCUUUUCAAAACUCGAACCGUCUCUCCAAUAGCGAACAUCCGACCUAUCCUAUUCAGUCAUUUGAAGCACUGCAAGCUCAGUUCCAUGCUCCGCGGCCAGCGCGGCCUCUCCGCACGAGAAGCUCGCAUCCAGCCCAAAAUCUCCUUUACAACGAAAUGUCCACGUGGACUAGGCAAGGUCGAGAACGACAAUCGCCUAACGCACCAACCGCAAUGACUGCUGACAAUACUCCAAUGUCAAGUCCCGGUCUCCUCUCGGGCGACCGGGUGCCCUCAACCUCCUCUCUCAGCGACGCCGACCGUCAGCCACACCAUCUCCAACCUCCCAAAGAAACUCACACCGUCGAGAUCGAUCAUGAUCACUUCUCCGGUAAUAAGUUCGUCAAUAACUACGAGAUUAUCGAGGAAAUAGGACGCGGAGAACACGGCAAAGUCAAACUCGGAAGAGACAUCGAGAAGGGUACCAUCGUCGCGGUCAAGAUCGUCCCUAGGUACUCUGGCAAGAGGCGACUUGGCCGUCUUGGAACCCCAGAAGAUCGGACAAAGCGCGAGGUGGCCAUUCUGAAAAAAGCAAGGCACCCAAACGUCGUCAGUCUCCUGGAAGUCAUCGACGACCCCAACAAGAACAAAGUCUACCUCAUUCUCGAAUACGUCGAAAAGGGCGAAAUCAAGUGGAGAAAGCCAGGGGUGCGCGAGGUCCUAGCAGUAAACAACACCAGAUUCGAGCAAGAGAGAGUGGGAAUCGACCUUCCUUUGGAGCCAACUGAAAGAGAUCUUUUCAGUGUCAGUCAAGCUAAACGACGCCAUGAGCUGCAAGACAGAGCCCGUGCUCUAAACACGAACCCAACUCCUAACUGGAGCCUCGAGCACGGAGGUGAGGAUUUCGAAGAGGAUGAAGAAUUAUCCGAGGUCUCUCGUUCUGCAUCACGGCAUUUCUACGAGUCAAACAAUCCCAGUAGAACCAGCUCUCAUGAUGAGUACGCAGAAGGAGCUCUAGCGGGCAGCAUGUAUGGCGCUUAUGCUCCAGAUGCCUACCGCGGUCGGACUUUCAGCAUCGCAGCCAGCGUUGGCGCGCUCUCGCACAUGUCGUCGGAAUGGAAUUUUGAUGAGACCGACGACGAACAUGCUUAUGUUCCAGCUUUGACGCUGGAGGAAGCCCGCCGAGCCUUUCGAGAUACGCUUUCCGGCCUUCAGUUUCUGCACUUUAUUGGCAUCAUCCACCGUGAUAUCAAACCAGCAAAUCUCUUGGUCGCAAGCAACGGCACUGUCAAAAUAUCUGAUUUCGGCGUGUCAUACCUCGGACAUCCCAAGGAUCCCGAGGACCCUGACUAUAAGCUGACUGAGAAGGAUGUAUCUGCAUUAGACGACGAAAAGGAAUUGGCAAGAUCGGUCGGGACGCCUGCUUUCUGGGCUCCUGAACUUUGCUAUGAAGAUCCAUCCAUGUUCGAAGAAAAAGAAGGGCCCAAGAUCACUGGCGAACUAGACCUUUGGGCUUUGGGGAUCACACUUUAUUGUAUGGUUUACGCCCGCUUGCCGUUCUACGCAAGUGAAACCAUGGGACUUCAUGAGGCAGUAUGCAGGACCGAAGUCUUUCUCCCAAAGACUCGACUUGUACCGGUUGACACAUCUCAAGACAAACCAACCUCCGAGGUGCCAAACUCGAUCAAUAGUAACAAGAGACUCGACUAUGAACUCAAAUUUGAGGUCGUCCCGGAUGCAGUGCGCGACCUCAUUCGUCAACUCCUGAUCAAGGAUCCCGCAAAGAGAAUGACAAUCGAACAAGCCAAGAAGCAUGAAUGGGUUGUCGAGGGCUUGCAGGAUCCGUCACAAUGGAUCAAAGGUGCUGACUUGGGGAAGGACAGCAAGAAGAAAAUCCUGGAUGUGGACGAAAGGGAGAUGUCACACGCAGUUGUGAGGAGGAAUAUCAUCGAGCGGGCGCUCAGCACGGCCGGACGCAUCGCAGGCAAUUUGCUUGGAAGGAGCAAUACACGGAAGCGUGCUCCUAGUGCAGCCACAUCGGCCAGCCACUCUAGCGACUCCAUUGCCUCGCCUGCAGGCUCCAGUGCAAGUACCGUUGGGAAGACCGAGCGAGAUAAGAUCCGUGAUACCCGUCGAUCUAGUCUGCGCGGUGACGAACUUCUAACGGCCCUGAAGACUUCGAGAGAAACUACCGAGCAUCCACUGGCACAAAGUCAGACUGCCAGCCCAGUCUCCACCGGGCAGGAACAUUAUUUCAGCGAGCCACUCUCAACCCAAAAAGCCGCGUCUUCAGCCUGCACUCCGAUAGCCAUACGGGAAGCACGACCUCCUGGUCCCGAUAGAGCAACAUCAACCGUAUCCACUGCCGAUUCUGUCAAGACAAUCAGAGCCUCGCAACUGCAGCGAUUGCCCUUGCCAUCGUCGGGCCUAGGGCGUGACGACCGACCUGUCUCCCUCGACAGAGGAUUCAGAGCCAGAGUCGACGGGCUAUGGGAGGGAACUACAAAAACUUUGGCACGCAUUGGGAGUCGAGAACGACGUGCCCCGCGAGAUGAGCGGUCGCCAGCGUCGAGCCGACAUUCAUCCGAAAGUGACGCCCGCGCAGAGCCCAGCAUCGCUAUGAGCACGGCUUCGGCUGCAGGUGCUAUUGAACCACCUGAUGUCCUUCGUGAUCCUGCCCUAACCGCUGACCAGAACGUAUCUCCGCCGACCCCACAUGUGAUGACCCACGGUGACCAUAGAACAUCAUUUCGAGCACCGACAUCAAGCCAAGAGGCUUUUGAACAAGCUCAAGAAGUCAAUCAGCGGCGUCAUCUACAAGAAGUGCAUCAUCAAUUCGAAGCGGCCAUGGAAGCGAUUUCGAAACCGCAGAGCCUCGUGACCGAUGAAUGUCCUCCUUCACCAGACGACAUUGCCUUCCUCGAGAAACAGCGUACACAAGUCUCCGGUGAACCAGUGGCCUUCUCACUUGGCUCUAAUGCCAUUCAAGGGGGGCCGUCCGCAAGCACUAUCGCGUCGUCUCUAGAUGACUACGGGGCGAGCAGUGUGUCGCAGAGUAUGUCCAAUCCAAGUAUUGGAGUCAUCUCUGGUGCUUCUUCACCCCCAGGCGAAGGCUUUCUGGGUUCAGCAUACACGGAAGCGCCCAGAGAUGUGUCUGCCCUCGGUAAAGAGCCACUUCCUGAAUUCAUGCGCACUGCGGACACAAUCACCAAACACGGCCGACCUGCACAGAUCGCGACCGCCCCGGCGCUUGAGCACUGGCAGAAUAGAACGCACGAUGAUGAUCACGAUGGCGACGACGACUCAGAUGACGGAAUGAUGAUGCCGGCUUCUACAAACAAGAAGUUUUAAUGUUCUCUCCAAUAAAGGAACUCCAGUAAAAAUACACGAACACCAGUGACGACACUUUCCACACUCUUUUUGCAAUCGACGAGGAACAUGGCUCGAAUUUUCGAUAGAUACCCCUGCUUUUAGAGACAAAGCAAUGGCGUAAAGCGCAAGGCAUUUUUGUGCAUGGGCAUUGAGCGGGGGCUGGAAACAGGAAAGGCCUCCAAAAUGGUAGGGUGUCUGUGCUUGGUUUAUGGGACAGUCCUGAUGGGCAAUGUAUAUCAAACAUGCGGAAAAGUGCAUGCUGUCUUUCAUCUCGACUCAGGAGGUUUCCAUGUACAUUUAGCUGCGUAGCUUGAGCGGGCGACAAGGGAUUCAACGACAAAGGGGGCUUUAGUGAUAUUCCCCAGGUUCGCCCUGGGUCAAAAGGUGAAAUGACAAUGACGAUCCCAAUGAAGAACGCUCUGGACAGAAC